GCGAUUCCGAGACGGCGACGGACACUCCCCGGCUCCCCGCCCCCUCCUCUGCCCCCCACUCCGUACCCCCCCCCCGCCCCGCGCUCCACCUUUCCCGGCUCCUCCCUCGCGCGCGGGGCCCUCCCUCCCCGCUCCCCUCCCGCCGCCACCCCUGCCCCCCGCGCCUGCCCUCCCUCCCCGCCCCCUGCUCCCACUUUCCCGCACCUACUCGGGCCGCCGUCCCUCGGGCCCGCACCUGCCCGCCCCCCGCCCCCCUCCCCGGGCUCCCCGCGGCAGCACGCGCGCCCCUCCCCGCGGGGCCCCGCUGCGCCCCUCGCCUGGCGCUCCCCGCCCCCUCCGGGCGCCGCUUCCCUCUCCCCUCCCCGCGAAGUUUGGGGCUGUCAGUCCGUCGGUGCUCCGCGCCGUCCGCACCCAGCGCCGGGGUCCCGGGAGGGCGGCGCGACCCCCGGGCCGCAGGUGAGGUGAGGGUCCGCGGGGCGCACCGACAGUCGCCGCCCGCCUCGCCGGCGCAGGGCCCCAGGCUGGUCCCAGAGGCGCUGCGGGUGCCAUGAGAGAGACCCUGGACGCCUUCAGCUCCCUGGGAUUCUCUGUGGGACCGCGGGACAUGGCCCCCCAGAGUGAGCCGGGGGAGAGGUCCCACAGUGCUCGGGAGCAGGCGUCCGUGUCGCCGGGAGAGAGGCCUCUGGGCACGCGCUCUGGGCCCGAAGCCCCCAGACCCGAGGAAGGCAGCCCCACGGAACAAGCCGAGGCACCCUGCCAAGGGACCCAGGCAUGUGCCCCCGAGAAAACAGAGCCCGCAGGGGACCAGUGGGAGAUUCGCAAGGUGAAGGUGGAGGAUGAGGAGCAGGAGGCCGCCGAGGAGGUGGAGUGGCCGCGGCAUCUGCCCUUGCUCCCGGGCCCCUUCCCCGCGCCGGACUUGGGCCCCUUGGCCACCACGUACAAGCUGGAGCCCGGCGCCCCCGCCACGCUGGGCGGGCUGGCGCUGGCCGGCUGGGCCCCGGCCGCGGACAAGCCGUACGGCUGCGGGGAGUGCGAGCGGCGCUUCCGGGACCAGCUGACCCUGCGGCUGCACCAGCGGCUGCACCGCGGCGAGGCCCCGUGCGCCUGCCCCGACUGCGGCCGCAGCUUCACGCAGCGCGCGCACAUGCUGCUGCACCAGCGCAGCCACCGCGGCGAGCGGCCCUUCCCGUGCUCCGAGUGCGACAAGCGCUUCAGCAAGAAGGCGCACCUGACGCGCCACCUGCGCACGCACACGGGCGAGCGGCCCUACCCGUGCGCCGAGUGCGGCAAGCGCUUCAGCCAGAAGAUCCACCUGGGCUCGCACCAGAAGACGCACACGGGCGAGCGGCCCUUCCCGUGCGCCGAGUGCGAGAAGCGCUUCCGCAAGAAGACGCACCUCAUCCGCCACCAGCGCAUCCACACGGGCGAGCGGCCCUACCAGUGCGCGCUCUGUGCGCGCAGCUUCACGCACAAGCAGCACCUGGUGCGGCACCAGCGCGUGCACGAGGCGGCCGGCCGCGCGCCGCCCGCCCCCGCCGCGCCCGCCGCCCCGCCCGGCGGCCCCGCGCCCGCCCCGUCCGGGCCCGCGCCCUUCGCGUGCGCCCGCUGCGGCCUGUGCUGGAAGAAGCCCCUCGCCGCGCCCCAGCGGCAGCCUCGCGGCGAGGGACCCCCGCUAGGCUGCGACGCAUGCGGCCUGGACGCCGCCGCCCCGGACCCCGCCGCUGCCCCUUUGCCGUCGGCGGCCGGCCCGACGGCGCCCCCGCGCGCGCCCACCCCCGAGCGCGCCGUCUGCUGCCCGGACUGCGGGCGCGGCUUCGCGCACGGCCAGCACCUGGCGCGCCUCCGGCGCGGGCACGCGGGCGAGCAGCCCUUGGCCUGCGCGCAGUGCGGCCGCCGCUUCGGCUCGCGGCCCAACCUGGUGGCCCACUCGAGGGCGCACGGCAGCGCCCGGCCCUUCGCCUGCGCGCAGUGCGGCCGCCGCUUCAGCCGCAAGUCGCACCUGGGCCGCCACCAGGCCGUGCACACCGGCAGCCGCCCGCACGCCUGCGCCGUCUGCGCCCGCAGCUUCAGCUCCAAGACCAACCUGGUCCGCCACCAGGCCAUCCACACGGGCGCGCGCCCCUUCCCCUGCCCGCAGUGCGGCAAGAGCUUCAGCCGAAAGACGCACCUGGUGCGCCACCAGCGCAUACACGGCGACACCGCGCACCCGGGCCCCGACGCGGACCUCGCGGCGCCGGGCUGGCCCUCGCCCACCCCAGGGGCGGCGACCCCGCUCUUCUUCUGAGCCGGCCUGGGAAACCGCACCCCACUUGGCCAUCCCCCGUCACCCCCCCUGUCCUAGGGGGGAGAAGCCCAGAAAGGAGAACCAGCCUUGACAUUCUGCGACAAAGACCACACUGAGUCCCAGCCGGAAAAGCUGGAAGUGGACUAGGGGGGCGGACUGGACCCUGCCGGCGGGGCACGGGGCGAGGGAGGAGGGAGGGCUUCACGGCGCUCUUGCUUCAUUAAACGUUGCACCCGCACCCGAAGGCCCUGGGACCGUGCUUGAGUUGGAGGAGGGAGCCCCUGCCUCUGGCCUUGCGCCGCUCCCCUCCAUGCGCCCGCCCCUUCCCCUCCUGUCCUGGGGGAACCCCUGCUAGACCACCCAGUCCAACCCCUGCUAGACCACCCAGCCCAAUGUAACGGUUCUCCCAGUCCCAAUGUGACACUGAAGGCCGGCAGCGGACUCCUAAGCAGAACGAAGCCCAGUGCCACCAGGCCCCUCCAAGCGUGGUUUUCUUCCAUGAUUGGCCGAAUAAUUUUUUUCCUCGCCCGGCCUAUAAGGAGGCGACAGUAUUCAACCGCCUCCUGUGCAGCCAGUUGCCAAAUCGCUCCUGCGCUUCCUGCUUCCGGCUCAGAAAUGUCACAAGUGGAAAGCUGGCCCCGUGCAUUUCAUAGGCGUUUCUCCUGACGGUGGCACAGGUGGCAGGGGACCCUUUCGGUUUCCAUGCGGAGGCACCCCACAUGGGCUCCCGUGAACCCGGGAUCCAACCCCACAACCCCCCCAACCCCCCGCCUGGCACUGGUUUUCCUCCUACGCUUUCUGGUGGGUUCUGUUGAACCCUGGAUGCAGCACUUCCUGCAGCUGUGC